UCCCGUUCAGGCUACCUGGGGCUUUUCCUCUACCUUGACGCACAGGUACGGAGCAAGUAGAACAACUCGACUGUGACUAAUCAUUUCGAGCGGAAUUGAACAUUUGGGACCUUCAAAAUUGGAUUUCAGGCGGACAUGUGUAGUGGAAGUUGGCGAAGACGACGGUGAUUCGGAAGUCAGUCGGUGGACGCACCGUGUGAACUAUUUCGGGGGGGUGGUGGGGUGGGGGCGGGUUAAGUCAUGUCUUCCGGCGGUUUGAGGCACGGCACCAGACGGGGCAGCAGCCAGAGGUCGUCCUACGAGGAGCGCUGUGUCGACCCCGUGGAGGACCGGCUCCCCGUCCCGCAGCCAAAGCCGGGGCACAAAGCUCACCCGGGGGACGCCAACGGGAGGCAGUCCGAAACCAUCGGCUUCAUUCCCGGCUCAGCUGACCAGUCCUCGGCGGCGCGAAGCUGCAAUCCCUGCUCCCCUCAGAGGAGCUGCAGGACCCUCGUGUGCAGCGUGCUCACCUGCGGCCUCUUUGGGGUCUGCCAGCGUACCGUCCUCGCGCCGUGCCUGGCGCCGAACGAGAGCUCCCCGGACGAACCGGGGGAGAAGGUGAGCCUGCGAUCGGCGAACCCAGAAGACAUCAGAGACGACGAGGACGACGGCACGGACUGGCUCGGGGACGUUUGCAUCGACGGAGUCAGGGUUGACAGUCCCAGAGAGUAUCUGGAGCUUGAUGCCAAACCGCCAUCGCGCGCGGCGCUGUCGGGGGUGCGAACACAGGCCGGCCACCCGUCCCUGCACGAGACAAUGAGGCUCGAUGGGUGGGAGGACAGCGAGGAGAACGUGGACUCUUUGAUUACCAAGAAGCUGCUGGAGCUCUACUCCGAGUAUCAGAUUGAGGAGUUGGCCCGGUGCACCUCGGACUCCGUGUUCCUGAGGAAGAGCACGGCCAUCAACCAGCUCAUCAACGCGCUGGCGGAGGAGCACAAAAUGGACGAGCAGGAGGCGGAGUGCCGGCUGGUGCGCGGCAUCAUUCGCAUCAGCACCAGGAAGAGCGCCAAGAGGAGGCCGCGCCUCUCCCGGGCCGAGAGGACGCUGUCGGACAGCGGCAACGAGACCAUGAGGGAGAGCGACUCCUUCUCGCUAAGCAACAACAAUGAUUACAAAUCAAACCCCAACAUUCAAAUAUCCGACCUGACUUCCUCCGACAAGUGUGCCAGAGAGAUGUGGCGGGCCAACGGAGGUCAUACUUCCAGUUCUGCUUCUUCGGGCGCCGCGCUGAUCCGCGCCUCCGUGGGGACAUGAGGACAAAUGAUGGCAUCGUCUCCACGAGGUCGUCGCGUUCAGGAGGUUGAAAGGUCACGGGCGAGUCCGCGGCGCGGGCAAAGUGAAAAUGUGAAUAUCCACGUCGGUGAACUCGGGCCUUUGUGUGUGUGUGUGUGUGUGUGUGUGUGUGUGUGUGUGUUUGGAUCUUCUGUGCGUGUUUGAAGGAUUGCUUGAUGGAGUCAAAGCGUACCCUCGUCCUUGAGGGAGAGUUUGUCCAUUGAAGCUGACUCGUUUUGGCUGUUGUUAAGCAAAGAUUAUUUGAGUUUAGUGUGAAUAUAUUUUACAAAUUUCCUCAUCUUGUCUUAAAUAUUAUUUUAAAGUAAUUUGUAAUUUUAAAAUCUAUUCAAUGUUUUCUCAUUUGUCUUAAUGGAACAUGCGUAGUGUGGCAACAGCGUGAACGGAUGAAGUCAUAUUAUUGGGCAGGAAGAAAAAGUUUGACUUUGGCUUUGAUCUUUUGAUUCUAAUAUUGAAGUAUUUAUGUGUUUGUCUGAUAGUAGAAAGAAUUGGGAGGGAAAUUCGCUGUCGUAUGUUACAAGCCACAGCUUUUAAACUGCAGGUAACUAGCCCGGUUCUAUCGGAAGAUACGUUUUGAUUCUUCUCAUGCGGCAGAUUAUUCCUUGGAUACAAUGUGACAUUUGUGUCCGUAUUUAUCAGAGAUAAUACACAACCUGUUAAUAAGUGCGCUCCAGAGAGUGUUUUGUUUUCUUUGGACUGAACCAGGCUAGCUGUUUAGCACAGUGGGAGACCUAAUGCUAAUGCUAAGCUACCUGGCUUUGGGCAGUGGCUCCGUAUUGGCUGUACAGAAAUGAAAGAGGCCUCCCUUUGCCGUGUAAAUAUUUGUUUUCUUCCCUGAAGAAAGAAAAUCUAUUGUGAAAAUGUUUUCUAGUGAGGUUUAUGACGUUCAUGUAGCACGGGGCAGGUUUUUCUUCAUUCAAAGCCGGUUGAUUGUAGGUUAAUAACAUGAAGUGUAAUUGUAAGUUGUUAUAAAGCUGGUGUUUGCCGCAGCUAUAGUCUUAUAUCGUGUACGAGAACUAAAAUGCCAUUAAUGUGACUCACUGAGUGAAGGUCUCUGUUCCUACGGGGCCCUGAUGGGAAUUCUGCCAGCUGACUGUGUGAUUCUUAUCAUUAUUGGCUCAUCUUAGCUUUCCAAUAACUGCAAUGAACAUACACAGGGAGCCAAUCCACAUGUUUUAACUGUCCAGAUUACACUACUGCCUCCCGGGAUCCAUCCUCUUGUGCCUCAUUUCAAUUGUAAUUAUGAGGAGGGAAAAUACGUUUGUGAGAUAAUUGAGGUCGGGAACUUGGUCCAGCCUCGGCGUGUAAUGAAAUGGUGGCAAACGUUGUGACCAAGAAUCAUCCUUUAACUGAUUUUGUUGCUUUAAAUGUA